GUACGGCUGGCGUGCGCGGCCAGGGAAGAGAAGAUCGGGAAGGCGCUGGAUGGGCCGGUGCGCCUGGUUGCGGUCAGCAAGACGAAGCCUGUGGAGAUGCUGCUAGAGGCGUACAGCGCCGGCCACCGGCACUUCGGGGAGAACUACGUGCAGGAGCUCGUGGACAAGCACCCGCAGAUGCCCGAGGACACGCAGUGGCAUUUUAUCGGCCACCUGCAGAGCAACAAGGUCGCCCAGCUGGUCAAGGGUUGCCCGACGCUGAGCUGUUUGGAGACGCUGGACAGCGAAAAAUUGGCCAGGGCCGUGGACAAGGCGUGGCUCGCAAACGGCUCCGAGAGGAGACUGCGCGUCAUGGUCCAGGUCAAUUCCAGCGGCGAGGAAACCAAGAACGGAGUGACCGAGGAGGAGGUCGUGGAGCUGUGCACCAUCAUCUCGACGGAGCUGGAAGGUCUGCAGCUCGCCGGGCUGAUGACCAUAGGCGCCCCCGACUACAGCGGUUGCCGCGUCGAGGACUUCGAGCUGCUGCUCCGCAGCCGGGAGCGGGUGGCAGAGGCUCUGGGGAUAGACCCGUCGUCCCUGGAGUUGAGCAUGGGCAUGAGCAACGACUACGAGAACGCCAUCCUCGAAGGGUCCACCUCCGUGCGGGUGGGCUCCGCAAUCUUCGGCGCCCGGCACUACCCCACGAAGGCCUGA